AUGGGAAACGAUGGUGGCACCAUCAAUAGGUCCAAGAACCUCGCAGUGGCAGCAGUGAGAGGUGCUAAUGUCGCUGCGGACGACAACGUCCAGGAGUACAAUUGGCAGUCCCAGUGGACCAGCUGCCGGCUUUCAGGCAAGCCCCUGCAGCUGCCUGUUGUGGGCGACUGCAAGGGUAACAUCAUCAACAAGGAGGCCCUGCUGGAGUGGCUGCUGGACCGCCAGGAGCGCGGCGCCGGAAAGCCGCGGCCUGAAUUCCGGCACCUGCGCCGCCGGGCGGACAUGGUAGAGCUGCACAACCUCGUGGCGGAGGGCGACGCCGGAAUCCUGCGCUGUCCGGUGGGCGACGCGACGCUAGGCCAGUCGAAGGGCCGUUUCGUGUACCUGGCGUCCUGCGGCGACGUGAUGCCGCAAAAGCUGCAACAACAAGUGUCCCAGUGCGCCGUGUGCGGGAAGGCCUACGACCCAUUAGAUGUGGUGCUGAUCAACCCACGCGCCGCGGACGAGCAUGCAGCCCUCCGCGACCGGAUGCGGGUCCUUGUAGAGCGCGGCCUGUCACACAGCGGCAAGCCCCUGCCCAAGAAAAAGCGCAGCCGUUCGCCCUCUGCCCCAGAGGGACCACCGCCAGCAAAGAAGGCAGCGACGCGGGUUGGGACCGACUGA